AGCUGCCAAUGUUUUAAACGUAUCUUUCAAUAACUGUAACAUCCUCGGGUUUCUUUAAUUAUUUAGCUUAUGCAGAAAACUUAAUUUAGUUGGCGAGUGUGAACGUUAUUACAAGGCUAUAGGCUAGUUCACGAAAGAAAUAAUUGAAAUAAUCACAGCUGGAGAUGACUUCUGGAGGCCUGGAGCUCACCGAGGGUUUGGGUCAAGACAUAAGUCAGGAGGAGUUGGACUUUUCCGACCUGUUUCUGUAUAAUCCACCUGGAGACGAUUUCCCUGUCGGCUGUGAUAAAGAUGACUCAGGUGCUCUCCUUCAGAACAGCAAACAGCCUCCUCUGCUUGUGGUCGACCACCACGCCGCGUACAUCUCCAUCUCCAACCAGCCAGCCUCCAGUCAGGACCCCUCUUCUCACAGUCCCACCACAGAACAACUGUCAGGGGCGGUGUUUGAUGCCCUGGGGCUGGCAUCAAGACCAGGGAACAUCCCUGCUCCCAGCCCCAGGAUUGAGAUCACUCCAUCUGGUGACUCUCUCAGCUCCCAGACCCUGGAGCCAAGCCCUCGCACCAAAGCUCUGGGGGCCUACAGGGAGUGUGUGAGCCCUGCCAGCAGUAACUCCUCCACAGGCUGGCCUGCAGAGAGCUACUCUCCUUUGGCUUCGCCGUGCGUCUCUCCUUCUAAUGGAGCCAGCUGUGGCAUGGGGUUGUCCAGUUUAGAAAUCGGCCCAGGCCUCCAGGGCAUCACUUCUUCUGCCCACUCCUCUCCAGGAGCCUCGCCUCGCAACAGCAUCACAGACGAGACCUUUCUGCUGCCCCAGCACCAGCGCACCGCCUCAUCGCUUCCUCACCAGCGCUCCCGUUCUACCUCCCCACAUGGAAAGCGUGGCUACGACCAGGCUCACUCUUGUCAGGGGGGCACUCCUGUCAAACAGCGUUCCCGGAGCCCCAGCCCCAUCCCCUCACCCCAUGAGCACCAGGGGUCCUACUAUCUCCACCACCAGGCCCAAACUGAGUUCCAUCCCCAUACUCAGACCUCCUCCCUGGGCCUGGAGGAGAUGCUGAGCAGCCUUAGCUCUAGUCUGCCUUCUACAGUGGUGCGAGAUGCACAGAGACAGGACUGUGUGUAUGGAGAGGGGUAUGACUGGGCCGUUGAGCAGGAGAGGAUGGUCAGAGCAGGAGCCGAAGUCAAGUCUGAAAACUUCUAUGUGCUCCCUGCUGCUGUGUGGCCUCCACCUCAUCCAGUCCACCAUGUAGCAUACGGUGGUCUUUCCCUGGCUCCGCUUCCGUCUUUAGAGUGCCCUUUGCCCAGUCAGUCCGGUCAGUAUGAGCUUCUUAUCCAGCAACAGCCCAGAUCUCACCACAGAGCUCACUAUGAGACUGAGGGCAGCCGUGGAGCUGUAAAGACAUCUAACGGAGGGCAUCCGGAAGUUCAGCUUCGUGGGUACCAAGGCACAGCUCCACUGGGGCUACAGGUCUUCAUAGGAACAGCUGACGAGAGGGUCCUGAAGCCCCACGCCUUUUACCAGGUCCACCGCAUCACCGGGAAGACCGUCACCACACCCAGCAUGGAGAGGAUGAUCAUUGGGACCAAAGUGUUGGAGAUCCCUUUGGAGCCAAAGAACCACAUGAGAGUGGUGAUUGACUGUGUAGGAAUCCUGAAGUUGAGAAAUGCCGACAUUGAACUCAGGAACGGCGAGACAGACAUUGGACGAAAAAACACACGAGUGCGUUUGGUGUUUCGUGUCCACAUUCCUCAACCUGGAGGCCAUUUCCAGUCUCUUCAAGUUGCCUCUGAUGCUAUUGAAUGCUCCCAGCGCUCAGCUCAGGAGCUCCCUGCAGUCGAGAGGCAGGACCUGGACCGGUGCUCUGUACUUGGUGGUCAACAAAUGGUCCUUACUGGACAGAAUUUCACAUCCGACUCCAAAGUGAUUUUCUCAGAGAAGACACAAGAUGGUCAGCAAAUCUGGGAAGUGGAGGCAACUGUGGACAGAGACAAAACACAAACUAACAUGCUGUUUGUUGAGGUUCCCCCAUAUCGAGAGCGGGCCAUACCCCACCCAGCCAAAGUCAACUUCUACGUCAUCAACGGGAAGAAGAAACGCAGCCAGCCUCAGCACUUCAUCUACACUCCUGUGAUAGCCAUUAAAGCAGAACCACUGGAUGACUACCACUUAAAUUCAUAUAGCUACUCACACAAUCAGUCUGUGACUGGCCUGUCAAUGAAGUCACUCUACCAUCAUUUGGAGCAGGACAGCAACCUUCAAGCCUUGAAUGUUUCCCCAACAGUGUACCAUCUAACCACUGUAGACCCCAGAGCCCACGUGUUAAUCCCUGAUCCACUGGACGACCAACCAGUCUAUUACCAAUCCAGAGCCGGCCCUCUGAUCAACAGCCCCGUGCUGUAUCACACUGCAAAUCAACAUUACAGCAACUGCGGUACUGCCCUCCUCGGUGGUUCCCCGAUGGCUUCCCACCCUGCUUCCAUUCCCAGUCAGUGUGUCAGUGCCAGAACCCCUGUGGCCAAACUGGGUGAGGGUCCUCAGGUUGGUGAUUCAUUCGAGACCUGUUUGAUGUCAAGACAUCAUUUUAUGCAGUCAGCGCUGCCACUGGGAAAGUCUCCACCUUCAAGAUACAUCCAAGGUCAAGCUCAAGGGAAUGCUGGAGGCCAAGUGGAGCCUAGCGGGCAGCCUCUGACCCAGAUGGCCUCUGGUAGAGGAAACCAUGAGGAACGAGCUCCAGAGAGGGUCACCAUCAAACAAGAGAACCUCCCUUAUGCUUACCUGGAGGAUGUGAAUGACAUCAUAAGAAGAGACCUGAAAGGCCACAAUGGAAAGUGAUCCUGGAGGCCUGCAGCAUGAUAAUGUCCAUGAUGUCCAUCAGAUUUAACGUUUAAAAGCAGUACACAUAAUUUGUCGACUUCAGGAACUAUAAAUAUAAAAUCUUGAUUGUCUCAGGGGAAGCUUGUACUUGUUAGACUUGUAAUAAGAAAAUGGACAAACAAUAGAAAAUGAUCCACUAUAAGUUUAUGUUGACUUUAUUUCGGGAUGACAUUGUGUUUCUGUGGAACUAGGAAAGGUUGUGGUUCAGUGUUUUGUUUUGUUUUUUUACAUAAAAUACAGGUCAGAUCUUUGUUAGAUUUUAAUAUUGCUAUACAUUUUAGCCAAAAGAUAGUAGAACAUGUGUGAUACCUUAUACUGUGUUUGACUACUCUAUGUUCAUAUAUUUGUACAAUUGCUUGUUAUAAGCAUGUAUAAAAUGUUUUAUAUUAAAUAAAUUCUGUUUAUAACAA